CGAUGACACGGACACACCGGACACACCGGACACACCGGGCGGGAAGGAUGGCUCUCACCAGCCGGGAGAUGUUGUGCCUGAUCGGAACCGCCUGCCUCUGGCUGCCGCUGCUGGCGGAGGUCGUGGCUGAGGACAGCUACUUAAACGAGGUGCAGAACUCAGUGCCUCUGUCCUGCUCCGAGGGAUUCACUGAGUUGGGAUACUACAACGGCACCGUGUCCCAGACGGACUCGGGCGCCCCGUGCCUGAAGUGGACCGAGUUCCCGGACUACGUCAUGCAGUACCCGGGCCGGGGACUGGGAGACCACAGCUUCUGCAGGAACCCGGACCGCGAGUCCAACCCCUGGUGCUUCUUCAGGCAGAACUCGGGGGCGAUUGGAUGGGCCUACUGCGACUGCCACCAGGGCGUGGCUCGUCUGGUUGGCAGCUCUUCCUCUGGCAGUGGGCGAGUUGAGGUCUACCUGAACGGGCAGUGGGGGGCGGUGUGCAACUCCCACUGGACCGACAGAGACGCCAGUGUGAUCUGCAGACAGCUGGGUUUGGGUGAGAUCGGCACGGCGCUGCAGCACUCGGAGUUCGGCUCGGGCUCCGGCCUCUUCCACUACGAGCGUCUGGGUUGCCGCGGCGACGAGAACACCCUGAGUAAGUGCAGGAGCCGGACGUUCGUCACCGGCGACUGUAGCCAUGGCAACGAGGCGGCAGUGGUGUGCGCAACACCAGAAGGCAGCGGCCCUCCGCUGCGACUGGUCGGAGGCGAGGAGGACUUCGAAGGUCGGCUGGAGGUUUUCCACGCCGGGAGGUGGGGCUCCGUCUGCGACGACCAGUGGGACGACAGGGAUGCAGAGGUGGUGUGCAGACAGCUGGGCUUCGGGGGCGUGGCAAAGGCCUGGUCCUGGGCUCACUUCGGUCAGGGUUCAGGUCCAAUCCUGCUGGACGCCGUGAAGUGUUCAGGGAAUGAGCUCUUCCUGGAUCAGUGCCCGCACGGCGACUGGGAGCAGCACAACUGUGACCACAUGGAGGAUGCCGGCGUCUCCUGCAGCCCAUACACAGACGGCGUGGUGCGGCUGGUCGGGGGAGACAGUCCCUGGGAGGGCCGGGUGGAGGUGUUCCAUAACGGCGACUGGGGGACGGUGUGCGACGACCACUGGAGCCAGCAGCACGCCGAGGUCGUCUGCCGGCAGCUGGGCUACAGGGGUCACGCUGAGGUCGUAUCGGGCGGCGCGUUCGGCGAGGGCGUCGGCCUGAUCCUCCUGGACGACGUCCAGUGCGACGGGUCCGAGACGUCCCUCCUGGACUGCCGGCACGGGAUCUGGGGCCGGACCGACUGCUCCCACAGCGAGGACGUGGGCGUCCGCUGCCGGGCCCGGCCCGGCCAGGAGACCAACGAGGUGCCGGCCAUCGCCCCGUCCACAGGUCCCCUGGUGCGUCUCGCCGGCGGCAGCAGCAGGAAGGAGGGCCGGGUGGAGGUGUACCUUCACGGCGACUGGGGAAGUAUUUGUGAUUCGGGCUGGAACGACCUCAACGCGGCCGUGGUGUGCAGACAGCUCGGACACAGCGGCGGGGCCAAGGCGGCCGGCGGGUUCGGUCAGGGGAAAGGACCCAUCCACCUGGACCAGGUGCGCUGCACGGGGAAGGAGGAGUUCCUGGGAGAGUGCCCCUCCCUGGGGCAGAGCAUCCAGGGCUGCAGGCGCAGGGAGGACGCCGGCGUGAGGUGCGACGUGACGCCGCGGGGGUCGACCGCCAAGACGGAGCCCCGGGAGUCCAGCUGCGGUCUGAGGAAGAUGGUGGAGGCCGAAGGGAAGAGAAGGAGCCAAGGGGAGGAGAACAUGCUCAGGAGCACGUGGCCGUGGCAGGUGUCGGUGUGGCUCCGGUCCGAGGAGCAGGCCGGCGGUCCUCUCUGCAGCGGCACCCUCAUCAGCCCCUGCUGGGUGCUGACCUCUGCCUUCUGUGUGAGCAGGUUCGGCAGCGACCCCUCCAGGUACAUGGUGCGCGUGGGGGCGUCGGAGCGCACGCUCACGCCCGAGCGGCUGGUGGUUCACCGCAAGUUCAAGGGCCAGAGCGGCGGACACGACCUGGCCUUGCUCAAGCUGCCCAGCGCCAAGGGUCACUGCGUGACCUUUGACCCCGACACGAACGCGGCGUGCCUUCCCUCCGCCGACACGACGUCGAGCGGGAACUCUCCGUCUUCCUGCGUCGUCAUGGUUACGGCAGGCUGGACCGGGCCGGACGCCGCCAUCGCCUCCUGGGUUCCCGUCAUGUCCUCCUGGCAGUGCAAGAAGCGCUACGGCGACAGCUUCUCCAGCCACGGCACGCUGUGCGCCGGCAGCCCGCCGGACACCAGCCUGCUGUACGGCGACGGCUGCGGGGGCAACUCCGGCGGCGGCCUGGUGUGCCAGGAGCCGCAGUCCGGCCGCUGGAGCCUGGCCGGGGUCGUGGCCGGGGGCUACGGCUGCGCGGACCCCUCCUCGCCGGCGCUCUACACCCGGGUGAGCCGCUUCCGGGCCUGGAUCGACGAGGUCGCCGGGACGGCGGAGGAGGACCCUCACGUGCGCGGCACGCUCGCGCACGGCCGGGAGGAGACGGACGAAGUCAACGAGAUCAAGCCCAAGCGCGCGCACGGCCGCCAUCAGCACGGCGCCGCCCACACUGGAAACACACACGCGCACCGCGCAGACGCGCAGGUCGCGGUGUGACGGAGGGCCGCCGGCUGAGCGCCUGCGUCACGUGACCCCCUCCCCCCCGGAGACGGCGACCAAACGGCCGCGCGCGCUCAUUUCCAAACUCAACCCGGUGGUGUGAAUCCCAAAGUGUCCAGCAGUGAGGGCAGAGGAGGCUGAAGUGUGCGUGUGUGUGUGUGUGUGUGUGUGUGUGUGUGUGUGUGUGUGUGUGUGUGUGUGUGUGUGUGUGUGUGUGUGUGUGUGUGUGUGUGUGUGUAUUCUUCGGCAUGCUGAUCAGGGCCUUUCAAUGAGACUUUAAAAUAAUAAUUUAAAAAUAGAUCAGUCAGCAUGGCAUGUAUUUAAAGGACACUAGUGUUAGUUCAGUAUCCUGGGGACACUUUAAAGAUGGUCAAACGAAAACAAAAAUCUAUGCUAAUUUCGUCUAUUUAUGUGUCUUCUGUGUGAGUUUUAGCAAAUUAGGUUAAAAAA